AGGGUACAUGACAUUUCCAACAUUGGAUUGCCAUCUGAAAUCCUUUUCCUAUUCUUCCUAGACUACUGCCCCCAAUCCUACCCAAGUCCACCCCCGGCCCUUAUAAUUCUGAUGUGAGAAGGAUACUAGGGAAGGAGAAGAAACAAAACACACACACACACACACACAACACGCACUUAAUUAAUACCAAGAUACUACCAAGCAACAUCUUCCGCUGCUUCUGCUGGUGGCUCUGUUACCUGUUGGUUAAUUGGCUGGUUGGUUGGUUGGUCGUUACUUCCGUCAGAAGGAAUUGAUUGAUUUGGAUUUGUGGGUUUCGGAAAAAAGAAGUGAACUUUCGUCGGUUAGUAAAAGUUGGGGCUUUUCUAAGAAAUUGCGGUUUCAAUUGCUAAAAAUUUGGGUUUUACACGGGGUUUUUGGAAGUGGUUGAAUAAUAUUUGAGGUUUAAUUGGUACAAUCUUUGGUGGGUUUGCUGGGAUUUUGCUCAUUUUGCUGACAUCACAGGUGGUUGAUUGUUUCUAAUCAGGAUUUUCUGGAAAAUUUUUCUGGAAAAUUAACUAUAGAAAUUGCUAUUUCCUCUUGUAAACUAAUUGGAGGAUUUGGUGGGAUUUGAGCUGUUUUUGUUGAUUUUAUGGUGGAUUGUACAUAAUUGCUGGAGAGCUUUUGAUAACAUAAGCUUUAAAGGUCUAAAAUUGGGGGAACUGUUCAUCUGUCUGGGGCUAGUCAGUUGGAGAAGCUGUAACUAGUGUUUUAGCCCUGACCUUAGCUGAACUAUUCAAUUCGCGUUGUUGCUGUGGUUGUUCUUAUUUCUUAGCUGAUUCUGAUUGUUGCGGUGGAGGGGCAGUUUUACAAUGAGUUCAAAUGUCACAGAAGGUGUUGUUCAGACGGGCAAGCUUUUGGUUCAUAUUGCUGAGAAUGGGCACUCGUUCGAGCUCGAGUGCGAUGAAUAUACUCUCGUUGAGGCUGUCCAGAGAUUCCUAGAAUCAGUUACAGGGAUUCAGUUUAAUGAUCAGCUUCUUUUAUGCUUAGACAUGAAGUUGGAAUCUCAGCGGCCCCUUUCUACCUAUAGACUUCCGUCUGGUGAUCGGGGAGUAUUCUUGUUUAAUAGAGCAAGAAUGAGGAGCAAUUCAGAGCCUCCUGCAGAUGAGCAAGUUGAUAUAAUUGAUAUUCCUGAUCCCCAAGUGCCGUCCUCCUCCCAUAACCGUCACCCCUUGGAUGACGCUCCUGACCCUGCUCUGAAGGCCUUGCCAUCGUAUGAGAGGCAAUUCAGAUAUCAUUUUCAGUUUGGAGAUGCUAUUUAUUCCCGUACGCGAGCAAAAUUGGAUAUCUGUGAGCGGCUUUUCAGAGAGCAAAAGGUUCAAGAGAGAGCAUUGGAGAUUGCUGGUCAUAAUUUGGAUCAUUUUUAUAGGAUGAUUCUCCAAAACUAUAGGGAUUUUGAGAAGUUUUAUUCGCAGCAGCAUAGAAGGCAUGCUAAUCUUCUGGCAAAUUUUGGAAGAGAUAUAGAGAAAUUGAAAGCUUGCAAGAUUUUGCCUGCAUUACAAAGUGCUAGCCGCAGGUGCUUACUGGAUUUUGUGAAGGAAGAGAACUUGCAAAAGGCUGUGGAGGACUGUAGCAAUUCCCACAAGCAAUUUGAGAAUAAAGUUUUAGACUUUAAGCAGGAGUUUGGACAGCUAAAGCGCAAUGCUGAACAUUUGUUUUCCAGUAAAGCUUCUUUCCAUGUGGGAGAAAUCGAAACCACUCUAAAAGAGCACCAGCGGUAUAUUAAUGAGCAAAAAAGCAUAAUGCAGACCUUAAGGAAAGACGUGAACACUGUAAAGAAGCUUGUUGAUGACUCUCUUAGCAGCAAGCUGUCCUCUUCACUUCGUCCCCAUGAUGCAGUUUCAGCCUUAGGUCCUAUGUAUGAUAGCCAUGAGAAGAGUUGUCUUCCUAAGAUGCAGGAUUGUGAGCGUGCAAUAUCCAAAUUGCUUAAUUUUUGUCAGGAUAAAAAGAAUGAAAUGAAUGUCUUUGUGCACAAGUACAUGCAACAGAUAGCAUAUAUACAAUACACAAUCAAAGGUGUGCGCUUCGAGUUUUCUGUCUUCCAGGAGCUUUUGAAGCGCCAAAGUGACCAAUUUGAGCACUUAAGGGUGGUGCAUGGAAUUGGUCCUGCAUACAGGGCAUGCCUUGCUGAGGUGGUGAGAAGAAAGGCUACAAUGAAGCUUUACAUGGGCAUGGCUGGACAAUUGGCUGAAAGGCUUGCAACCAAGAGAGAGGCUGAAGUAAGGAGACGAGAAGAAUUUCUUAGAGUACAUAGUUUGUAUAUACCAAGGGAUAUACUGACAUCAAUGGGAUUGUAUGAUACACCUAACCAGUGUGAUGUCAAUAUAACUCCUUUUGACACGAAUUUGCUUGACAUUGACAUUUCAGAUGUUGACCGCUAUGCUCCAGAACAUUUAGUUGGAUCACUUUCUAAGACUGAGAAACAGGGGACUUCCAGAGGUUCAUUUUCGAUGUCAAAUGAUAGUUCACACACAGCUGAGAUUGAAGAAAGUGUCGUGGACUCCCCUGAGAAAUUUGAUUCUAUGGAUUUACUUGAAGGUUCAGAGUUGGCAGAGAUUGCCGGAACCAGCAAGAUGGAAGUUGAAAAUGCAAAACUAAAAGCUGAACUCGCUUCUAAAAUAGCUAUGAUUUGUUCAAUGAGCCCUGAAUUUGAUUAUGAGUCGCUGGAUGACAGUAAACUAGAUAGUUUACUGAAAAGUGCUGCUGAGAAGACAACUGAAGCUUUAAAUUUGAAAGAUCAGUAUGAGAAACACCUACAGACUAUGCUAAAAACCAAGCAAAUCCAGUGCGAAUCCUAUGAGAAAAGGAUUAAAGAACUAGAGCAAAGGCUAUCUGAUCAGUAUCUCCAAGCACGUGAGCUUCCAGCUGAUGAGGAUACAUCCAAACUUACUCACUCGGCUGUGAGGACUGAUGAUAACAAAUCAGAGAUAACAGGUGUUGGAGAAACUCAUGUGGAACAUGCACCGGCUGAAACCAUGGAUGAGUUUUCCUGUGCAUCUAGUUCAACUAAUAAAACAGGGCUGCUCUUUAAACAAGGUAAAGCACAAGAAGGAUUGGAUGAUAAUAUGACGGAUUCAUCUGGUAUGCUGAACCCUCAGUUGGACUCAUCAAUGAUAGAUCCGCACCGUGAUGAAGGGCAUCUUUGUGACAAAGAAGGAAAUGAUUCAUAUGCAGGAUUAUCACUUGCAACUAGCAUGGCUGUGAGCAUGUCUCAGCCUUCAAAUGCCUUGCCUCCUGAUAUAGCUACUGAACAGGGUUUGGAAUGCAAAAAAGGUGCUGUUCUUGUACAGGAGUUGCAGGGGGCACUUGAAGAAAAGGCCAUUCAACUUUGUGAAGCUGAAAACAAGCUCAAAGCUCUGAUAGAGGAAGUGGCAAAACUUGGAAGGGAGUUGGAGAUUAGUCGGAAGCUCCUUGAUGAAUCUCAGAUGAAUUGUGCUCAUCUGGAGAAUUGUCUGCAUCAAGCAAGGGAGGAAGCACAAACCCAUCGUUGUGCAGCUGAUCGAAGGGCCUCUGAGUACAGCGCUUUACGUGCUUCUGCUGUUAAGAUGCAUAGUCUAUUUGAGAGGCUGAAAACCUGUGUUUCAUCUAGUGGAAUAGCUGGUUUGGCUGAAUCAUUACGUGGUCUAUUUCUCUCUUUGGGCAAUUCCAUUAGUGAAAAUGAAGAUGAUGGUACUGUGGACUUCCGUGAAUGUAUCCGUGUACUUGCUGAUAAAGUUGGUGUCUUAUCAAGACAACGUUUGGAUCUGCUUGAUAGAUAUUCAAAAGCUGAAGCCAAUACUGAGCAGCUUACUAAAGAGUUGGACGAGAAGAAAGAGUUGGUUAAAACACUCUAUGUAAAGCAUCAGAUGGAGAAGCAGGCAAACAAAGAGAAGAUAUCUUUUGGUCGAUUGGAAGUACAUGAGAUUGCUGCUUUUGUUCUCAACUCUGCUGGGCAUUAUGAGGCGAUAAACCGAAACUCCUCCCAUUAUUACCUUUCUGCAGAAUCUGUGGCCUUGUUUGCUGACCACCUUCCAAAUCGCCCUACCUAUAUCGUAGGACAGAUUGUGCAUAUUGAAAGGCAGUCCGUAAGAUCUCCACUUCCGACCGGUGAUCAAAAUAGAGAUCGGCUGGAUGUACUGACCUCUGACGCAGGAUCCAAUCUUUUGACCUUGAAUGCAGGAUCAACUUUAAACCCUUAUGGUCUUCCUGUUGGCUGUGAAUACUUCGUAGUGACAGUAGCUAUGUUACCUGAUACAACCAUUCAUUCGCCCUCUCCUUCCUGAUCUUGCGAAUGCCAAAAAUUUGACAUGAUGGAAGACACUAAGUGUAAAUAUAUAACUUGACAUUUGAAUCACUUCUUAGUGAUUCUAACUUGGUUUUACUUUUGUACAGCAAUUGAUCAAAAUUCAUCCAAUCACCUUGUAAAUAAGAUGACUGACUCUAAAGAUGCAAGCUUUUAUA